GCGAGGGUUGUCCUGAGGUAGUCUCUGCUUGACUUUACCAUGUGAGUAUGGAAGCUACAUCUUCCUGCAAACCCUCAGUCACGAACCAGCACAGCUCACAAGUCCUUCUGGACCACCAAGAUCUGUGCUGGGAGAAGAGGCAACCCAGCUGUCACAGCUAGUAGCUGCUUCUGCCAGAAAACUCUGGUUGCCAGACAAGAGUUCAGAGAGCAGCAAGAUUGCAAAAGGGGCGUGAAGCUGCCCUAGUGCACAGAAGAGAAGAAUGAAAGCGGCGCUGACGCUGGCGGAGGUUCCCUCUCCAAUGAGGAAGCCUCUUGCACUAUAUAUGAUUUCUCUGCGUGGCUGUUUCCUUUUUGUGCUUGCACCUCUUGCAAUCAGAUGGGUAUGCUGUGAGGCAGCCAGCGAGGUGAAACCUCAGUCCUCCCCUGGGAGCGUUAAGUACACAUGGCCCUACGAUGGAUAUUUCUCCUGCUCCUCAUGCCUCUGCUGGCAGCACAGGAGCUGCAAGACACAGACCCCAAUAUCUCCGGAGAACCCCAAGAAACAGAAACGUGCAAAAGGCCCCAGUGGGACUCAAGACUCCAGCUGGCACCAGACAAGGAGAAGUACAAGAACAACAAAAAAGUGAUGCUGCGCUGCCCUGCGGGUUUCCAGCCAUCCUUCACCCACGUCAAAUGUGCGAGGGAAGUCCAGUCCGUCAGUCAUCGGAAACCUGUAUACAGAGAAGUUUGGUUCGGAGGGGACAGUGGAGGUGACUGGACCCGCAUUCAGUCCAGCGUGGAGUGCAUCGAAACGUGCAAAAGGCCGCAGUGGGACUCAAGACUCCAGCUGGCACCAGACAAGGAGAAGUACAAGAUGAACGAAGAAGUGAUGCUGAGUUGCCCUGCGGGUUUCCAGCCAUCCUUCACCCACAUCAAAUGUGCGAGGGAAGUCCAGUCCAUCAGUCAUCGGAAACCUGCAUACAGAAAAGUUUGGUUCGGAGGGGACAGUGGAGGUGACUGGACCCGCAUUCAGUCCAGCGUGGAGUGCAUCGAAACGUGCAAAAGGCCGCAGUGGGACUCACGACUCCAGCUGGUACCAGACAAGGAGAAGUACAAGAAGAACGAAGAAGUGAUGCUGAGCUGCCCUGCAGGUUUCCAGCCAUCCUUCACCCACAUCAAAUGUUUGGGGGAAGACCAGCCCAUUACCAGCUGGAAUCCUGUCUACACAGACCCAUGGGUAGGAAGGGACAGUGGAGGUGACUGGACCCGCAUUCAGUCCAGCGUGGAGUGCAUCGAAACGUGCAAAAGGCCGCAGUGGGACUCAAGACUCCAGCUGGCACCAGACAAGGAGAAGUACAAGAUGAACGAAGAAGUGAUGCUGAGUUGCCCUGCGGGUUUCCAGCCAUCCUUCACCCACGUCAAAUGUGCGAGGGAAGUCCAGUCCAUCAGUCAUCGGAAACCUGCAUACAGAAAAGUUUGGUUCGGAGGGGACAGUGGAGGUGACUGGACCCGCAUUCAGUCCAGCGUGGAGUGCAUCGAAACGUGCAAAAGGCCGCAGUGGGACUCAAGACUCCAGCUGGUACCAGACAAGGAGAAGUACAAGAAGAACGAAGAAGUGAUGCUGAGCUGCCCUGCAGGUUUCCAGCCAUCCUUCACCCACAUCAAAUGUUUGGGGGAAGACCAGCCCAUUACCAGCUGGAAUCCUGUCUACACAGACCCAUGGGUAGGAAGGGACAGUGGAGGUGACUGGACCCGCAUUCAGUCCAGCGUGGAGUGCAUCGAAACGUGCAAAAGGCCGCAGUGGGACUCAAGACUCCAGCUGGCACCAGACAAGGAGAAGUACAAGAUGAACGAAGAAGUGAUGCUGAGUUGCCCUGCGGGUUUCCAGCCAUCCUUCACCCACGUCAAAUGUGUGAGGGAAGUCCAGUCCAUCAGUCAUGGGAAACCUGUAUACAGAGAAGUUUGGUUCGGAGGGGACAGUGGAGGUGACUGGACCCGCAUUCAGUCCAGCGUGGAGUGCAUCGGGAAAUGCCAGAAGCCCCAGUGGGACGCCAGGUUUAUCUUUGACCCAGAUCGAGGGCUCUACACCCCAAAUGAGGUGGUGAAGAUGAGAUGCGCUGAAGGGUACUGGUCGUCUGCUGUGGAGAUCACCUGCGUGAAGCUGUACCCACGUCAAGGCUCCUCCAUUUCUCACAGUGGCUGGAUUGUGAGGAAAGACACGGGCCACUGGCACCGUAUAGAGGGGAAUAUGACCUGUGCGGAGGUCCUCCAGGUUGUCCCCGGGACCUUGGAGAUUUCCAGCACCAGCAUCAAACUGAACUGGACCUGCAGGCUCCCUGACGUCUGCCAGCACAUGCGGGCCACGUGCCGCCUGGCAGUGCCUUCCUCCCCUCCCUGUGAGGCUGAGGAGAUGAAGGGAGAGGAGAUGCUACAUGGCGGGGAGGGAACAUUUACUUGUCCCCCUCUGCAGCCCUUCACUGUCUACCGUUUCACCAUCUCCCUGCCCCCCAACAAGGUCCUGUACACACAGCUCAUCACGACAAAGGAAUCAGUGCCGGACAAACCGGAGAAGCUGUGGCUGGAUCCCAGCACGGGGUCCAUCAAGUGGCAGCCACUGCCCUCCUGCAAAGGGAAGAUCAUUGGAUACCAGCUGAACAUCACGGCCAGGAGAGCGCACAAUGGCAGCUUCCUUGAAUUCAAGCAGGUGAUGGUGAACCAGUCUGUCACUCAGUACACACCACCUCAUCAGACACCUGGAAGCAAAUACACCGUGACAGUGCAGGGCCUCACAGCGACUGGUGCCGGGGCUGCAUCAGUGCUGGAAUUUGAAAGCUAUGUCUCAGUUUCAGGGCAGCCUCUGGGUCCGUGGCCUGGGACGGCGGUCGUGGUGGUGGUGGUGCUGUCAGUGCUGGUCCUCCUGUCAGCAGGGAUCCUGUGGUUUGCGUUGUCCAGGAAAAGGAAGGCCUUGCCCAGCAAAGCCGAGGAGGACCAUUACACAGAGCUCCAGCCCUAUGAGAACUUGGAUAAUUACUGUGUGGUCAAGAAGACUCUUCUGGCAGAAGAAGAUGCAGGUAAAGGUGGCCAGGCUGGAGAGCUGUUGCUCCAGCCCCUGUCUGUUCUGGAGGCCUCAGGAGACAGUCAGAGCAGUGCGGGAGAGGAGAAGAUGGAGUGAACGUCCCCGGCUAAGUGCUGAUGGCACUUCCCAUAGCCCUUUCUCAAGGCUUGCGUCUCCACUGCUGGAAGCAGGACCUUAUCUAGCUUGUGCUGGGUUACUGCUUCCCGUCAAAUUUGCUCACUCAUCAAGCUCCAGCAUCCUCUGUCACAGAGCAGAGGCAGCCCAAGGCCUGGGAUGACCUGUUUGUGCCAGCGAGGACGUGUUCUGGUGGUCCUCCAGUACUCUGGCAAAGCUGCCUCACCCGCAUCCUGGUGCCUGCAACUGUCAUCUCAGACCAAAGCAGCUUGCUGGGUUCCAAGCCCUCUUUCCCUGCUCCGUAUUCCCAUAUCCAUCUAGACCCUGGACUCUGCUUGAGGUUGGAUCAACCACGCUGUCCUCGCAGCUGUGCUGCUGUGUCCCAACAACCAAUAAAUUCUUCUGGUUUGCAGGGGGUGCCUG